UAGUCGCUGACAGGCGGCACCCAGGAAAGCUGCCUGAAGUUCGGAAGGAGGAAGUGAUAGCCAGGGAGAUGCUCCAGCAGUGAAGUACAACCCUAGCCUAAAACAGAGGACAGGAGGAGGAGGAGGAGGAGAUGAGAUCGUGAUAGAAAAUUCUGCCUACACUUUAAAAGGGGAGACUGAAAGAGUUCCAGCAUGGCUAACGGGGAUGACGGGGUUUGCCUGAAGGAAGUGCUGGUCACAUUCCAGUCCUGCCUCAGUGAUCAGCAAGAAAUCUUAAUGGAUCCUUACAUAGCAGGCUGGAAAGGACUGGUCAGGUUCCUCAACACUUUGGGGGCCAUCUUCUCCUUCAUUUCCAAAGAUGCGGUAGCCAAAAUACAGAUCAUGGAGAACUACCGCAGCAGCGAACAAAAGUCACAGUACCUGACCCUUCAGUCCAUGGUGAAGUAUGAACUGGCCAACAACCUGAUGGAUUUGAAAAAGCAAGGAAACCACUCCCCUUCAGGGUGCCGGACAAUCUUACGCCUCCACCGCGCCCUCCGCUGGCUGCAGCUGUUCUUGGAAAGCCUGCAGGUCAGCACCGAGGACUCCAGCACAGCAGCCCUGUGUGCAGAAGCAUACAAUGCCUCCUUGGCCAACCACCACCCGUGGCUUAUCCGCAAGACGGCCCUCUUGUCUUUCUACGUCCUGCCCGCUCGGAACGACUUCCUGGAGCUCAUGAACGUGGGCACCCCUGCGGAUGCCGUGGCAAUGCUGGAGGAGGCUUUGCCCAGCAUCUCCAAAGUCUACGACAUCACACAAGCACUGUACGCCCAGCACAAUCUUCUCGACAUCCCAUAACGGAAUAGGCCCGUCAUCCACGCUUUCCCGAGCGUUAACAAUCGGGGCUCGCACAAUCGCUUGUUUCAAAAUCCGUGUAUAAAUCCGGGAGCAUUCUGGCAGCAAAAUCCAUAGCUUCUCCUACUCAGCUCUGUCAUAAAUUGGGUUUCCUAUAGGUAUAAGCUCUCCAGCGUCCAAACGCCUGUUCUGUUUGAUCCGUCUCCAAAGAAACUUGGCCUGUCUCCUGGUCCUUCUGCAACACAGUUGAAAGCAAUCAUCUUCCAGUUAGUGUUUUUUUUAAAGAGUUAAUUGUAGAAGUAGAGGAUGAAUUUCUCAGGGUGUAGAUGACACUGAUUUUGGAAGUGUGGUUUCUCUGGUCUGGGGUGUAAACUGUGCACACUCUUUAUCAAUCAAAUGCUGUUUAAUCAAUGCUUCACAGUAGUCACAAUCAUGCUUUUCAAAGUCAUUUUGCAACUGAUUGCUCUCUGUGUAUAUAUAGUGUUAAAAUUGGGGGGGGGGAUUGUGCUUAAGAUAAAGGUGUAAUGGCAUGAUCUACAGGCAUAACAAAGGAAAGGUCCCACAGAAAUUCUGUUGGGCCCUUGGAUGUACGAAGCUGUCUUAGUGCCACGGCAGGCUGGGAAGUAGACUCUCUGACACAUUACCGUGUCAGCUGCCUGCCAGUGGCUUGUGCUAAAUUCUUUUCCAGGCCCUUUUAAUGCAAGAUCUUUUUUUCAUUGGUGAUGCCGGGUGUUGAACUGGAGACCUUCCACAUGCAAAGGAGGACCUCUGAACACUGAAGUUAUUGCUGCUUGUAUCCUCCAGGCUGUGGAACGGGGUAUUCAGUUCUGGCUUCAGGUCCACAGUGAUGCUCUUGAACCAUUCUCACCAAGACAGUAUUCUUCUUCAGUUCAUUCACUAAGGUAUCUAAAGCCUCUGGCCUGCAGACUACUCCGCCAGGAUUAUCAACAGUGCUGCUUAACUUCUCUGUCACUCAGAACCAUCCUGUCAGUCCUCAGUUCCAAGCAAGGGACCUGGCGAUCACUCUGUUAGUGUGAUGGAUGCCCUGAGGGUGUUUAUUACACAAGCUGCUAGUGUUUUAAGGUCUCCCACCCUGCUUCUGCACAGAAUCCAAGAUGGCUGCUGGUCAGUUCGAUUAAGAAGAACCGAUCUAUGCAGAAGCGCUGGGAACUCUGCUACUGAGAAAAAUGUUGGCAUGGUAGAAACCAAAAACACGGCUGCAAAAAGAGUAAAGGGACCAAUUUCAGCAGCCAAAUUCUGUAGCAAUGGCCUUCCUAGUUAAGGCAAAUUAGUUAGGGCUAAUGACGCCCCAAAAGAACCCAGCCUAAUUACUUGAGAACAAUAUCAGGCAUCUGACAAGUGAUGGACAGGUGUCAGUCUCUGUAAUAGGAUGCCCUGUUCGUGGUUUCUGCUGCUGUAUAGUCAGCCUUUCUGGUGUUCCGUCCAUUGGCUUUCCCCCUCUCCUUUUACAAUGCAAUCCAAUGCAGAUGAAUUCUUGCUGAAAUGCAUAGGCAUAGAGUGCAAUAACUCUGCUUAAGACUCCAUCGCAAGAAUGUUAGCGCACCCCCCCCCCUUCCCGGUUUAUCAUGACCUGUGACUUUUCUUUCCCUUCCGAUGCCCCCUCCCUCCAUUCCAUAUUCUGGGAAGCAGCAUUAUCAUGCAUUUGCCGUUCCCGGAAUCAGAGGCUGCUUUUUCAAACGUACUUUUAUUAAAAUCCUCCAUCUUUUCGAUUGCUCAAAGCAGCAAAAGAAAGCGACGUUCAAAGUAUUUAGAGUUCUUCUGCCAGAACCUUCGACCCCAUGGCCCAGGGUUGAGAAAUAAACGGACUUCAGCCCCACCGAAGUUAGUCGGUUGGCCUCGCCACUAACUUGUUCCCCAGUCAUCAGAAGACAAUGGCAUGUUUACACAGAAGCACUUUUAUUCAGUGGGCCUUACUCAUAGAUAAGUCUGUAUUGGAUUAUGGCUAUAAGCAUGCUCAACUCUUUUUAGAUCUAGAAAUACCUUUGCCCUGUCUGAUAGCAAGACAUGUCUGUUAUGAAAUGCUUUUAAAAAAUUAAGUAUGCUGUAAUGUUUCAGUUUGUCAUUGCACAAGGCUGCCGGUUGAACUUUCAGACAAUCCAAGGAGUUCUGUACAAGGGAUGUUUUCCCCAAUGUGUCUGUUAAUGCUGGAUUUUCAAACCAAUCAAAAGCGUUUGCUGUACUAUGAUUGUUUUCUAGCUGUUUCAUUGGUCUGUUUAAGCUGCCCUUCCUCCAGGUAGCUGCUGGAAAUAUUUGCACUACAGUCCCGUGGACGGAAUGCUUGUGGUGUGGCUGUAUUGGAGAUUGUAUAUCUAUCACUGGAAAUAAAUACUAUCUUCGUACACGGA